AUGCCCACCAAGCCACCAAGCCAGUCGCAACGGCAAGCAAAGAGCUCAAGUGGAUCAUUUAAUAUAUUCUCCGAAUGCGAUUCGGCAUCGGAAAGUGAAUUUGGACAACACAGGUCAACCGGAAAGCAGCAAAAACAAAGAACACUGGGCCUUGCACGUGUGAACUCGUUACUCCUACCAGCAAAGCGGAGACCACGUCCAGCCAUCCGAAGGGAGACGGAAGAUUAUGACAAGGAGAACGACAUGCCAGAAUAUACCACGGAUGGAUAUCGAACUCCCGAUCUAACACCAACAAGACCGAAUGCCUCACAGGCUCCUACGAGAAGUAGGAUGGAUUAUCUCGCCGCGACACAACCAGCGAUUAGCCGCCAAGAAGAACAAGAGGAGCCAGAAGGCAGCUUUGAAGAAGAAGAUAGCUCUGACUCACUAGACGGGUUUAUUGUCAGUGACAAUGAUGAGCCUAGCUUCUUUGAGACAUCGGAUUCCGAGACAGCCAACACAGAAGAUGAACCUAGCCCGGCUCCGUCGCCUGUCAGGUCACCAAGAAAAAGACUUCUGCGUGGAAGGAGACCAGUAUCGGAAGCAGAAUCAAACAUCACUGCAGAUGAAGAACCAUCAAUGGAAGUGACGAAGUUGGCGACAGAGCUGGACCGAUCAAUUGAGAAAUCAAAGGCAGUCGCCUCAGCACCUGAAGACUGCGCAUCAAAUCUUGCAACCAGUUUCAAUUCUACAUCCCCUGUCCGUAGAGCAGAGAUACCCAAGCCACAGGCUGAUUCAAGCGGUCCUCUUCAUUUCAACAUCCACAACUCCCACAACCUCAUCCAACACCUUGAGGAUCUUCAGCUUGACAGCGACAGUGAGUCAAUACCGCAAACAUAUCCAGAGCAAUCCAACUCAGAACUGAUGGAUGAACUGCCAUCGAAACUUUACCCAAGCCACACAAAACAACCACCAUUGACACCGUCCCGCCCAAACUCUCACUUUUCUCUCAAUCCCUCUAUCACAUCAGUUGACCCCUCGCCGGGUAUGGGUAUUCCCAGCACUACAAGGGCCCUGAAAAGGGCUGAGGCGGCGCGCAAACGCGAGAUUCGAGCCCAAGUAGCCGAAUUCAACCAAAAGAAAAUCGGCUUUGCCGAAGAGUUCCUCCGGCAUCUUGACAGUGCUUUCGACAGCCAAAUUUCUAGCAUGACCAAGGAAACCGGUGGCAUUAAAAUUAUCUGGACAAAAAAUUUCAGAAACACUGCCGGUCGGGCAACCGUACGUACAGAUAGGUUCUCGAAAGGAGCAGCGGGCGUGGACGACACCGAGAAACAGCGUCAUUAUGCCACCAUUGAGCUCUCAGAGAAAGUCCUGGAUACCGAGGACAAGAUCCUCAGCACUAUGACACACGAGUACUGCCACCUCCUCGAUAUGAUGAUCACUAAAAACAGGGGUAAGGGCACGCAGCAGCACGGUGUCAGCUUCAAGCAAUGGGGCGACCGAUGUGUACGAGCACUGGAGGGCCAUCCUAUCUACGGGGGCCGAGUCAAGGUCACGACUAAACACUCCUAUGAGAUCAACCACAAAUAUAUCUGGGCCUGCAAGGCCCAGGACUGCGAUUUUAAGGUCGGGCGACACUCAAAAAGUGUUGACACAAAGCGUCAGUUCUGUGGCCGUUGCAGGGGCGGUCUAGAGCAAAUCAAGCCGGUGCCGAGGGCUGCACCGAAGAGGCCUGUUGUAAAGGUGAUGGCCGAUGAGAAGGAGAUUGUGGUUAUUGAUCCUUGA